UCUGCUCAGAUAAUGUCCCUGGCACUGUGCGGUGGCACGGCAUCCUGUUUUGUUUGCCACACAUACGAACAAAACACAAAGUUUAGCAUCUCACUUGGGAUUAACGCGAUGGCCGAGUGCUGAAACCUGCCGACUCACAAGACAAAGUUUACAGGUACCAUGAUGGAGGUGGCGGGUCCCUGGACAGAGGUAUUCGAGGGCUCGGAGAGGAAGGAGAUGUCUGAAGGCGCAGAGACGUUGUUGGGGAGCUCCACUCUGACUCUGGCUCCUCUGGUAGCCGAUUCUCCGCCCCUGCACCGCUCCCAGCCCAUCCUCAUCACCUCAAACAGGGUGAAAGACGUAGAGUCGUUCUCCUCCUCUGUCCCAUCCAUACCCAACCCCUUUCCAGAGCUGUGCAGCCCCCCGAAGUCUCCAGUGCUCGUUAGUUCACUUCCACCGCGGUCAAGGGACAAACAUAUGUUAAAGGUGUACGGAGGGGACAGCCACAGCAGGUCGGUGUGGGUCUCACCUGGAGCUACAGCCAGAGAGGUGUGUCACAUGUUGGUCCAGACGGCUCACUGCAGCGAUCAGGAAAACUGGGCUCUCCUUGAGUUUCAUCCCACCCUGGGUCUGGAGAGAUGUCUGGAGGACCACGAGGUUGUGCGGGAGGUUCAGGCGACCUGGUCUCUUAAAGGUGACACGAGGCUCGUUUUCUGCAAAAACUACGCCAAGUACGAGUUCUUCCGGAAACCAGUGCUCUUCUUCCCAGAGAGCAUGAUCUCCGACAGCGCCGAUGUCGGCAAGGGGAUGACAUCAUCAGAGCUCAUUCAGAACCUGCUGAAGUCCGGGACGUGUCCGGAGAUCCAGGGUUUCCUGCAGGUAAAAGAACCCAGUCGUAAAGCCUGGAAGAAGGUCUACUUUUUCCUGCGGCGCUCUGGACUCUACUGCUCCACCAAAGGCUUCUCCAAGGAGCCUCGGCACCUGCAGUAUGUGGCUGAUCUGGAAGAUCUGAACGUGUACACCGUGGUGAACAGCCGGAAACUGUACGGAGCACCUGCAGACUUCACCUUCUGUAUCAAGCCUUCCAGAAAUCCCGUCCGCGCUCAGGACCUGAAGAUCCUGUGUGCUGAGAACGAACAGACACGAACGUGUUGGACGUCCGCUUUCAGACUGUUCAAGUAUGGGAAGCAGCUUCAGUUUAACUACCAGUUAUCCAAGUCGGCCCCACGAAGUCUGGAAGGAACCAAACUCACAGAUGGCAAAUCGGAGUCGGAGGCCAGCCUGGUGGCCAUGGACUUCUCCGGGAAGGCCGGGGGACGGGUCAUCCAGAACCCAACAGAGGCCCAGAGCGCCGAGAGGGAGGAGGGACAAGCCUGGAGGAGGAGAGAAGCCCUGAGGUGCAGUCUGCCCAACUUGAACUCUGGCGCGAGACCUUCCUCCAUCCACAAGUCUCAGCCGUGGUUUCAUGGUGGCGUGUCCAGAAAGGAAGCACAGAGGCUGAUAGAAAAGCAGGGCCUGGUAGACGGGAUGUUUCUCAUCCGUGAGAGCCAGCAGCAUGCCCAGUGCUUUGUCCUCUCGUUGUGUUACCAGCUGAAGACCAAACACUACCUGGUAAUCCCUUGCGAAGAAGGAGGCAGGAAGUACUUCACCAUGGACGACGGCCUGACUCUCUUCAUCGACCUCCUGCAGCUGGUGGACUUCCACCAAAUCAACAAGGGCAUCCUUCCUGUCUGCCUCAAGCACCCCUGCGUCUGUAUAGCGCUAUAAACCUUUUAUUAAUGCAGCCCCUCCUCUUGGUUCAGGAUCAUCCAGACCUUUAAUUCAAGCCUAAAGUGUGGAGCCCUUAGUGUUAGUCAUCAGAUUGUAUUGAUAUCUAUUAAUAACACGACUGGAUUCUGUGCAAAGGUCUGUGUGAUAAUGUUAUCAGGGUUGUGGUGGACUCGUGGGAAGUAUGAGCCAGACUUGAAGCAUAUUGUCCGCCCCUCCUCCCUUUAGUAUUUUUAAUUAUCAGGCUACACGUGCAGCCCCAGACAGUGGUUGUUUGUUUUUUUUAUAAUUAAUGAGCUGCCGUCCCCGUGGAGCUGGCUUAAUUAGCUGUGUUGGACAGACUUUUAACGCUUUUGAGAGCAGAGCAUUUGUUACUGUGCACUUUGAUUCGGAUCCAUGAUCAGAGGUGGAGGGGCUGCAGGAGGGACGUUUGAUUGUGGCUUCAGCAGAGUUCAGUGAAGAACUGAUCAUUUGUGGCCACCGGAGGGCGCUCUGAGUCAAAGCUCAAAAGAGGAAUUCACAGCUGUGUAACAUAAGAAAUGAACACAUGUAUUUUGAUAUUAACAUUGAAAACAAUUGUGACACAUAUCAUGACAGUAUCCCAGUUUGCGAUCAUGUAGCAUGUAAAUUCUAACUCUUCUGACAGUUUGAUGUUUUAUUUGUGCCUAAAAACAAACUCUUAUGUUAAUUAGAACAAACUUUAAGUGCUCAAAGUGUAAAUAAUCUGCUAUAUUUGCACAAUGAUUGUGAAGGGGAGCUGCGUUGUCUUGUGAUGUUUAAACAACCAAAUAUUUACCAUAGACAUACAUUUUUUGAGGGUACGUGAAGUAGUAGUGUAAAGAAUUUGUUAUUAAUCAAGACACUCUGGACGAAGACUGUACGAUGUGGUUAAAGCUCUGGAAAAGCUAGUAAGUGGACUUAAAGUUAAGACUUUAUGCUAACACUUUAUUUUAAAGGUGAUUUCAAACAAAUUAAAGGCUAAAUAGAGACUUUGCUAGUGUAACUUUGCAAUUCAGCAGAACAUAUGUAAUGAAGUCCAACCAUAAAUUAAGAAUAAAUCAACAGUUACUUGGGUUUUUUUAAGAAUAUUUUUAGUUAUAGUUUUCAAUAAUUCAUGUUUUUUUGUUGGUGGUUUUGUAAACACGUUUUCUGUUACUUUGAACAUUUGCACUUAUAGGAUAUAAAUAUAUAUCAAAAUAUUGCCAUUAUUCAUUAACUCCAAGGUUUACCCACGUUUUAAAAUCAAGUAGUGUUUGUUAGUUUUAUAUACUUUGAAUGUUUUGUGCCCUUUUUCAGACCUGUUUUAUAUAUGUUGAAUAAAUAAUUUCAUAUUAAACGUA